AUGCGCACACUUAUCUUGUCCUUCUCAGCGAAGUUACUGGAGAAUGAAAGACCAGACACUCGAACACAUGUUGUUGGUUAGAUAACUACAAAGUAGUUGAAAUUUGCACUUAUCGAAUCCAUAUUUCAUGGAAGAUACUGAUCUACAGUUAUCAGAGCCCAUGACGGGAAUGCUGGACACAAACGCUCCUGAGAACGGAGACUCUCCACCCAUGCAGGGCUCUGGAGACGCCUUUCUUCCGGACCUCCAGGCGGCCGACUGGACCAUGUCCAACAACACCGCACCGCAAAUGGAUCAGUACCCGCUGGAGAACACGCAUCUGUUCCCCGUGGAUGGGUUGGCGCAGGAAGGAACAGGUUCUGCACCAGGGAGUGAAGGAUCAGAUCAAGAUGAGCAGAAGUCUGACCACCAGAGCGAGGGAACCGUCCAGUCAGAGACCGCCGCGUCAGGUGACCAGAACGCGGAGAAACCAGCGGUGCCCGCGCCAACGUCCGACUCCGGCAGUCCGUCAAACAUGGAGCUGGAGGACGGUGGGAAGGAAGGCGGCGAGGAGGACUCGGCGAUGGUCAUAACAGACGCCGCCCCAGAAGAGCCGGUCCUCCCCUCAGAGUACGAUAGACUCAACAAAGUAGUGGAGGAGAACCCUGACGACUUCAACGGCUGGGUCUAUCUGCUGCAGUAUGUGGAGCAAGAGAACCACCUGCCAGCAGCGAGGAAAGCCUUUGAUGACUUCUUCCUACACUACCCAUACUGCUAUGGCUACUGGAAAAAAUACGCCGACAUAGAGAAGAAGAACGGCGAGGUGCAGUUAGCAGAUGAGGUGUACAGACGGGGUCUGCAGGCCAUCCCUCUGAGCGUAGACCUGUGGCUCCAUUACAUAUCGUUCCUGAAGGAGAACCAGGACAACACGGAUGGCGAAGCAGAGAACCGAAUUAGGGCUACGUACGAGCAUGCGGUGCUGGCGGCGGGGACAGACUUCCGCUCCGACCGGCUGUGGGAGGCCUACGUGAGCUGGGAGACGGAGCAGGAGAAGCUGGACAACGUCACCGCCGUGUACGACCGCAUCCUGGGCAUCCCCACCCAGCUCUACUCACAGCACUUUCAGAGGUUUAAAGAACACGUGCAGAACAACAACCCCAAGCACUUCCUGUCUGAGGAAGAGUUCGUGCAGCUCAGGGUGGAGCUGGCCGCCGCCGCCAAAGCGUCCAACGCGCCCGCCAAAGACGGAGACGACGACGACGACGAGGACGGAGAUGGAGACGACGACGGAGACAAAGAGACUCCUAAAGAGACGCCCAGCGAGACGCCCAGCGAGGAGCUGCCCCCUGGAACAGAGGAUCUCCCCGACCCCGCCAAGCGCGUGACCGAGAUCGAGAACAUGCGGCACAAAGCCAUCGAGACGCGCCAGGAGAUUUUCAACCACAACGAGCACGAAGUCAGCAAGCGGUGGACCUUCGAAGAAGGGAUUAAGCGGCCAUACUUUCACGUGAAGGCUUUGGAGAAGACCCAGCUUACAAACUGGCGGGAGUACCUGGACUUUGAGUUGGAGAACGGGACUCCGGAGAGGGUGGUGGUUCUGUUCGAGCGCUGCCUGAUCGCCUGUGCCCUCUACGAGGAGUUCUGGAUCAAGUACGCAAAGUAUUUAGAGGGCUACAGCAUGGACGGCGUGCGGCAUGUGUACAAGAAGGCGUGCACCAUCCACCUGCCCAAGAAGCCCGCCGCCCAUCUCCUCUGGGCCGCCUUCGAGGAGCAGCAAGGGAAUGUCGAUGAGGCUCGUCGCAUCCUGAAGGCCCUGGAGGAGGCGAUGCCGGGUCUGGCCAUGGUGAAGCUGCGCCGCGUCAGCCUGGAGCGUCGCCACGGCAACCUGGACGAGGCGGAAGCGCUGCUCCGCGACGCCAUGCAGAACGGGAAGAACGCCGGCGAGACGUCCUUCUACGCCGUGAAGCUGGCGCGCCAACUCAUGAAGGUGCAAAGGAGUCUGGGAAAAGCCAAGAAGGUGCUCCUGGAGGCCAUCGAGAAGGACCAGACGUGUCCAAAGCUGUAUCUGAAUCUGCUGGAGCUGGAGUACAGCGGGGACGUGCAGCAGAAUGAGCCGGACAUCGUGGCCUGCUUCGACCGUGCCCUGAGCAGCCCGCUGCCUCUGGAGUCGCGCAUCACCUUCUCCCAGCGCAAGGUGGAGUUCCUGGAGGACUUCGGCAGUGAUAUUAACGUUCUUGUAGCGGCAUAUGACGAGCAUCAGAAGCUUCUAAAAGAGAAUGACUCCACAAAGAGGAAAGCGGAGAAUGGGUCUCAAGGCCCUGACUCCAAGAGGCAGAGAACAGACGACUCGGCUAGCCAAAUGAUGCCAGCGGGCAGCGACCAAGCGUACAACUACAACUGGUACCAGCAGUACAACUAUCAGAACUCAUGGGGUCAGUACAACCAGUACGCCGGGUAUAACCAGUACUACCCCCCUCCCCCCACAUGAUCGCAGCGUGAAUGACCAGACGGAUUGAUUGGAGGCGGCAAAGCAAGCAUCCAAUUUUUUACCCUAUCGAACCGCUCGAGUCGCUGACUCCCCUCACAGCCAUUCUGUUGAUCAGCUUCUGAUCUGACCUGUGUUUGUUGGGCAUGUAUGUGUGUUUGUGCAAAUUAUUUUACUUUUCCCCCCCCUCCCCUCGUAUGUGAAGUUGCAAAUACAGCUUUUGAUUUUUAGACUGGUUUGGCCUGGAGUAGAAUCUAAUUUUUGGGGAAUUUAGUUGUAUUUGAAGAAGAUGAAGAUUGAAAUAUGUAAUAAACCUCUAAAAUGUCUUUCUUUAACAUCUCCUGAAUGUGUUUUCUGGGCAAACGACUGAGGUUUUGUUUUUUAUUUUGACUUUCAUAAUAAAGUGAUUGAUAUCCUCA